CCUCAGCCCAUUACUCACACAGAGUGGACCCCACUGCCCCCCAAAAUUUUUUCCCCAUUCUCUCAUCUCUUGUCUCUCCUCUCCUCUCUUCUCCUCUCUUCUCUCUGUGUGUGUGACUGUGUGUGUGUCACAGUGGAAGAAAGAACAAAUAAAAGAAGAAGAGACAAACUCCAACACAAAAACCUUUCAAUCAUUUCCCCCAAAUUUUUUGGCUCCGUUGUUUUGAACAGAGCAUCAUAGCCCUAGGGAAAGAAGGAGCUCCUCCAUCCCCAAUCUGACCCGACCCAGAUCCUAAAAAACAACCCCAACAUGUUUCUUCUAGAUUGGUUCUACGGGGUGUUAGCCUCCUUGGGUUUGUGGCAGAAAGAGGCCAAGAUCUUGUUUCUCGGCCUCGAUAACGCCGGAAAGACCACCCUUCUGCACAUGCUCAAGGACGAGAGACUGGUGCAGCAUCAGCCGACCCAGUACCCGACGUCGGAGGAGCUGAGCAUUGGGAAAAUCAAGUUCAAAGCUUUUGAUUUGGGUGGCCACCAGAUCGCUCGCCGCGUCUGGAAGGAUUACUAUGCCAAGGUUGAUGCUGUGGUGUACUUGGUGGAUUCCUAUGACAAAGAGCGCUUUGCUGAAUCAAAGAAGGAAUUAGAUGCUCUCUUAUCUGAUGAGGCUCUUGCUAAUGUUCCUUUCCUCAUUCUGGGUAACAAGAUUGACAUCCCUUAUGCUGCCUCAGAAGACGAGCUGCGCUAUCACCUUGGUCUAACAGGUGUUACCACUGGCAAAGGGAAGGUGAAUCUUGCAGAUUCCAAUGUCCGUCCUAUAGAAGUGUUCAUGUGCAGUAUCGUGCGCAAAAUGGGAUACGGAGAUGGGUUCAAGUGGGUAUCUCAAUACAUAAAGUAAUGGCUACCAAAGGGCCUUUCUGAAACGAUUGAUUCGUUCACUAUCCUCCAAUUUAUCACGACUCUCUUAGUUUGGGUUUUAGAUUUGUACGAUUCAUGUUUUUCUCUGCUUUUUGUGUGUUAUGAGAAUUAUGAUUAUUAUUCAAAUCGUCAAUUAUUACACCCACCUUGUAAAAUCUACUGGUAGCCGGGACUGCAGCGACAUUUACAUCUGUCACAAAAUUUUUUCCUGCUGCCGAAAUCUACUAUUAUUGUGGUAGAAAUGAUACUUAUUCUUAGGACAGAGUCUUCCUAGUUUUUUGUGGGCUGCCUUGCUUUGUAGAAAUAAUACCAUUGGCAUAGUGUUUUUUUAUUUUGCUUAUGAUUUCACAUUGUGGUACAAUCAUGAUCUUGCUUUGCCAGUCUUGUGUUAUGAUUCUGCCUGGCAUGGUGUUUUUGGCUGCUUACUUCUUCUUCCCUUCUCGGUGUCAAAUGGGAUUUGGUUCACUGACCCGAAGAUCCAUGUGCCUUUGCUUGUGACAAUGUGGUAAGUUGUUUCUGAGUUUCUUCUUCUUGGCACAGCGGGAGUAUCUGGUAGAUGGUAAUCUUUAGAAUUUAGGUCACACAGCCAAUUUUCAGGAAUUCUGUUGUCAUUAUAAAAACUUCAUUCUGCAUCUGGCAUCCAAAUUUUCAUUCUGCCUUGCUCACAGCCGCAUGAACUCAUAGUUUUGUUGGAAAACACGAAUGUGCACCUGCUAACCAGCUACAUGAAAUCAUGCCCACGCCUGUAUCUUAUUAUGUCUGUUUAAUACGCAUACAGCACUACUAUUGCAGGGAAAUCAGACACAUUCGGGAAGCUUGUGUCGAUGUGACUAGGUGUGUAAAAUGAAUAUUCUGGGAUCUUUGAUCAAAC